CAACCAUCCUCCAUGGCAAUGUUUACCUCCGUGCUCGCCAUGGCAACCGCCUGACGCUGUCGGUGCGGGUUCACAGAUGGCGUUUUUCGGGCUCACGGGCCUGGGCUACCAGGAUCCAUUUCGGGCGGCUCGGGUACCGGAGGAGGAGCGGCACGAGCAGCUUGGAAAAGGUGAAAAUGCACAGACGGUGCUCCCUGCAAUAGUCCCUCCCUCUACCUAUUCAAGUCAAAUAAAGUAUAAGGAAAUUAUGAGACGUCAUCAAGCCCUGAGGACACCCAAGCAGACUCAGCGAUUGCCUCUAACUGCAACUCAGCGUUAUGGUUGGUGGGUGUCAGAAGAUCCCGAAGUUAAAACUGAAUAUGUUCACCCAUGGAUUCAAGUUCCCCGAUAUCCAGUGAUCAAUAGCCCUAUGACAAGGUUCGUGGAUCAGAUGGCUGUAACAAACAAACAAUUCAGAUUAUUUUGAAGAAUGGAUAAAUGUGCGCCUUCUAAGACCCUUUCAAUCUCACAAGUGCACCAUAUGACAAGCUCUAAACAAACAUGAUCGUUUUGUUCUUGUGCCACAAUGAAUGAUGACUAGGCAACCAUUAAGGUCAAUAGCCAAAUAAAGUCAAGAAAAUUAC